AUUUCUCCUACCACAAAACAUUCGCCGUUAUAUCUAUGCCAUAUAUAUAAGAUUUCCCAUACCACAAAGCACUUAAGAUUUUUUGUUUUCUUCACAUUAAUUAGCAGUUGUUUUUCAUAAAAAAAAAAUAUCUCAAAUCAUGUCUCUUGCACCACCCACACAUGCAGUACCUGACAACACACGACCUCGUGUCAAUUUUCGUCCUAGCAUUUGGGGGGAUGUUUUCCUUCAAUAUGAUUCUCAAUCACCGGAAAUCAAUGACAAUAUGAAGAAACAGGUACAAAUGCAAAAAGAGGAAGUGAGGAAGAGUUUUCAAUCUUCAAGCAGUGAUAUCUCACAACAACUAAACUUCAUUGACUCAUUGCAACGUUUGGGAGUAUCUUAUCAUUUUGAGCGUGAAAUUGAUGAAUCAUUACAACAAAUCCACAAUACUUUAACCAACAAUAAGGUUAUCAUAGAAGAAGGUAGCCUUCACUUUCUUGCAUUAGCAUUUCGUUUGCUUAGGCAAAAAGGACAUCACAUUUCAACAGAUAUAUUUAAAAGUUUCAAGAACAAUCUCGGGAAUUUCGAUGAAAAUGUUGCCAAAGAUGUUCAAGGAAUGUGGAGCUUGUAUGAAGCAGCGCAAUUAAAGAUUCACGGAGAAGAUUUAUUAGAUGAAGCACGUGAUUUCACACAUGCUCACCUUAAUUCCAUGAUAAAAAAUCAAUUGAGUAGUUUUCUUUAUGCACAAAUAAGUCAAUGCUUAAAAAAACCUCUGUACAAGGGAGUUCCAAGGUUGGAGACAAGGUGUUACAUGUCUUCCUACGAAGAAGAUCCUUCUCAUAAUAAAGUUCUUCUAAACUUUGCAAAAAUAGAUUUCAACAUGCUACAGAAAAUGCACCAACAAGAACUUGCUAGUAUCACCAAGUGGUGGAAAAAAUUAAACUUUGCAACAAAGGUUCCUUACGCAAGGGAUAGAGUGGUUGAGGCUUACUUUUGGCCAUUAGCCAUGUCCUAUGAGCCUAACUAUAGCAUUGCUAGAAGGUUGGUAGGGAAGUUGAUAGCAUGUAUUUCUCUCUUAGAUGAUACUUAUGAUGCCUACGCCACAAUUGAAGAACUUGAACUCUUCACACGAGCAAUCCAGAGGUGGGAUAUUAGUCUCAUUCAAUCCCUUCCAGAGUGCAUGAAAGUGGUAUUUAACACAAUUGUAGGACUGUGGGAUGAAAUAGAAAUGAGCUUGGUAGAAAGUGGAAAAUCUUAUUUGGUGGUGGAAUAUAUUAAACCAGCUUUUUAUAAAUUGGCACGAUCCUAUUUUGUUGAAUCAAAAUGGUGCAAUGAAGGAUAUAUUCCAACAUAUGAUGAGUACAAGGCUAAUGGAAUUAUGUCCUCUACAUGCCCACUUCAAAUAAUAGUGUUUCUUGGGCUUGGAGAAUUUUCAAACAAAGAGUUGCUUGAUUGGAUUUUCAGUGAUCCAAUAAUUGUUGUAGCUGUAUCAGUUGUUGGUAGACUCACGGAUGACAUAUCUUCACAUAAGUUUGAGCAGCAGAGAGUGCAUGUUGCUUCAUCAGUUGAAUGUUGCAUGAAGCAAUACAACAUGUCUCAAGAAGAAGCUUAUAAACUGAUUAACAAGGACAUUUUAGAUUUUUGGAUGGAUAUAAAUGAAGAGUGCUUGAAGUUAGAUAGCAUCCCAAGGCCUGUGCUUGAUUGUAUUCUUAAUGUGGCACGAGUAACUGAGUUCACCUAUGACAAUUUUGAGGACAAAUACACAAAUGGGGAACUAUUGAAAGAAUAUGUUGUUGCAUUGCUUAUAGAUCCAAUAUGAAUCUAGAACCACGAGUACAAGAAGGAAAAUAAACAAUAAUAUUAAUUAAGUAGCUGUCUUUAUUUAAAUGUCACUCUCAUUCUGCUAUUGCAUUGAUGACUAAUAAAAAAUCUAUACCACCAUAGCUUGAAAUCUAAUAA